CGGGAGCGACGCGGCGACGGCCCCGCCCACGAUGACGCGGGCGGGAGGCCGGCUCGGCAAAUGGCGGCGUGUCGGCCGUACCCGGGCUCGGUGUCGGGCGGCCGGUGCCGCUGAGCCCCGCUCGGGUCACCGGACACAGCCGUGGCCUGCACUGCUCAGUAGAAGAGCUGUGGCUCCUGCCGUCAUUGAGACUUCGUGAAUCUGUGAACAUGGAAGCACUAGGGGCAGAAGAUGAUAUUUCUAUUUUAAAUCAUGAAGGAGCAAGCCCUGAAGCAACACCUUUCAGGUAUAGUCCCAUUGCAGGUUCUUCAGGCGAUGAAUCUGUUGGUUCCCACUUUGCACUUGUCACAGCCUACGAAGAUAUCAAAAAACGAUUAAAGCAAACGGAGAGUGAAAAUUCUUUCUUGAAGAAAAAAGCUCGGAUGCUGGAGGAAAGGCUUCUUAAUGCUUCUCUUGACAAUGAGAAAAGUUAUUUUGGACAGGAGGAAGUGAAUAAAGCUUACCAGGCUUAUCGGGAAGUCUGCAUUGAAAGAGACAAGAUGAGACAGAGGCUCGAAAGAAUGAUCAAGGAACAGAUGGAUUCUGUCCGAAUUCUGAAUGAAACAUUGCAAGCUAAAGAAGUAGAAAUUCUUCAGCUACGAAGUGAAGUUGAGACCCGUCAAGUGAUGGAUGAUCUGAACAGAACUCAUAAUUCCUGGGAUUUAGAGAAAUCAAGUAAUGAACUGAAAGUGCAUACCUUGAACCAAGAACUGGAGAUUCUUAGACAAGAAUGCAAUUUCCUAAGAGAAGAGCUACAAAAUUAUAAACUGAAGGACUCCAGCCUGAAUGCAUGCAUGCCCAAAAGAGAGAUUCUGAAAGAUGAAGAAACAGACAGAGAAGUUGGUCUGCAAAAACCCUACCAGGAUCUGAUGAGAGAAAUGUCUAACUUACAUUUGGUGACAAAAACGCAAGCUGAGCUUCUGCGAAAACUGUUAGCCACACACGGCUCAACAAAGAAUGCUCAAAGCCUGGAUGAUUUGUUACUUGACUGUGGAAAACUGGAGCUCAAUUCUUCGGGGGCAACGUAUCAAGCUGUGCAUCCUUCGUCAAAGGAGGCUGAUGUGAAAAUUUCCAGAUUUGCUGCAUCUCGCCGUUUCCAGCAGGAUACAGCAGCCUUUUGUGACCAGGAGUUCCUUGUACCGUGGGCAAGUUCACGACCCCCUCCUGCUGGCAGUGCUGCCUUAGAAGAAAAUGUUUCUUGUGGAAAGGGCUCAAUUGAUGAUAACUCAUGGGUUUUUCCUACCCCACCAGUGGGCAGUCCAAGUGAUGCAGCAUUCUGGAAAACUGGAAGUACACCUGGCUCUUCGGCUGUGAAAAUUCCUGUUGUGAAUAUGUGUGAUCCAUUUUUGUUCCGGAGCUGAGCUGUAUAACUUGUGAGCAUUCGGCUAAAUAGGAAACUCUAUUUGUAAAGUAUUUUAAAAAUGCUGACGUAAAAGUAAUUGGAUUAGCUGGUGAUAGUAUCUGCUGAUGCUUUUUUAAUUUAUAUCUGAAUUCGGAAAACAUUUUGACAGUAGCUGAUAAUUGUUGCAGAAUGCACCAAGCUUCAGAAAUAUACAGUGAUAUUAUCUUCUUCAGCUAAUAAUCUAUCUGUAUAUCAAACAAAAAUAUUAUAGAAAUGUUUAUAUUCUGAAGCUUUAAUCUUCACUUGGGCACACCUGUGAAUAUAGGAAAUGCUGCUGAAAUCCUCAAACAUGGCCUUAAGUAAUAAAGUCAAGCAGAGGAAAAUGUAUAGUAUGUGAUCAACUCAAAUCUGCAGAUCUUAUUUGCUAAACUCUGUUUGAAGGCAGGUAAAUGAAACACCAUGCAUUCUCUCUGAUAAUAAACAUUAUUCUGUGACGAAAGACAUUUUACUCGACGGUCAUGCACUGAUUUCACUCUGGUUUAGUUUUGACUCCUCUAAAAGUGCCUCCAUAUGUUUUGUAUAUACUAUUUUUUAGAAGAAGCCUCUCCUAACCUCAGUGCCAAUCUCACCCAAACCAUUGCGAAUAGUUGCUUUAAAAAUAAAAUCAAACGUCUAGAUUUCUCUAAAAGUUGUUUAUUCAUGUAUUUUCAUUGUGUACAGAAACAAUGGAAAACUGUUGUAUAACCUGUCAGCUUUCUCUGUACAAUUCCUUCUCUCUUGUGGCUGUUCCUUGGAAAGAGAAUGAUUUGCUCCCAUUACAGUUCUUUGGGUUCUGAUGUAACUGAAGAGUCCCAGUGUUGGACCUGGAGAUUUUGCCGAGGAGGUGGGGGUGGGGGGAAGGAGGUGCUUGGUGUGAUGUUCAGAUGGUGGUUUGGGAAGUGGUAUACUCCUUCCACUGCUCUACACCGGGUUUCUGUGUGCUCCCAAUGCAUGGACAGGGCUAUCAGUGCCAUCACAAAUGUUCCUUCUCCACUUCAAAUGGCCAUGGAUUUCCAAGAGUCAGUAGGGAUGUUGUAUUUUUCAAGAAGGUUUCUGAGAACUUCCAUGAAUCUUUUCCUCGGUCACCUAGUAAUUUCUUCCUGUAGUUCCCUUUUGUGUGGUCUGUUGCAGAGCCUGAUAAAAGGCACAAGUUGAAUUGAUGCACAGCCAUCUUAAAAGUGUAAUGUCUUUAUUUUCUCCUGAUAUUCAUUACAUAAUUUAAAUAAAAAUGAGUUGAUGUAGGUUUUUUUUUGGCCUGGUCAGUUCUCUGUUUAGUGGAGUGGGAAUGCAAGAGCUUUCCAAUAUUGGAUGCUUAUUACCCCUUGGCUUUCUCUUAAUUGACUGGUCUGUCUGAGCUGCUGGGCAAGUCACAGUGAGGAUAACUACCUGUUUGGAAAAGAGUUAGUUGUCCAGGAAUCUGUCUUGGUUUGCAUUCAGUACCUUUGUAGGGGGACAAAAAUUGCAGUUACAUACCUGAAUCCAAUUGAAUGGCAUGGAAGGUUUGCAAAGGGAGGGGGGCUGUGGCUAAUUGAAAUAAAAUGAAUUAAAAUUAAAAAUAUUUACAGAUCAUGCUGUUUCUGUGGUUGAGGAAAUCUGCUUUUAAGAAAACGUAAUGGUGGGCUUGCAUUCAAGCUGUAGACAUCUCUGACCAGGCCGAAUUUUCCAUGUCCUAACAAUUAAAGUACGACUGCAAACUAUCACUGAAAAUUGUUCUGAGUUUUAAUAUUAAAGUGCUCUCCCAGCUCGAUUUCUUCAGAUUUUUAAUGGUGACGUGGCAUAUUUUGCAGUCACCAGUUUUGCUCACUUAUGUUGCUCUGUUGCAAUCAUUCUCAUCAAUUUAGCAUUCAUUCAACUUUGAUUAUGUCCAAUUUGAGUAAUUAGUGGAAGCAUAAAACAAAGCUGAAAUAGAAUUGAAUUUUGAUUAUGAUCCAAAAUAUUUAUAUGUCAGAUAGUCUGCGUAACCCCUGCAGAUCACUACUAAAACUUAUUUUGCCAUUCAUGUUUGCAUUGUGGAGCACAGUUGUAUAUGUAUUGUUAUAUAUAGAUUGAAUAAAUAAAUAUUUACUAAAUAUUUUUAAAGCCAUGAUAUUAAUUAGUGAGGAGGAAUUGCUCCUAUUUUGCUUGCUUGUAUCUUUUGUGUAAGUGAUAUUGGUGUGGCCUGUAAAUAUACUUACCUGAUUAAAUCUUUCCUUGAUGAG